CAAAAGAAAAAAAAAAAAAAAAAACAAAAACAAAUACAUGCUCCGUACAUUUCUGUUUCGAAAAUCGUGGUGAACAAGGACUAAAACACACGCCCAUCGUCUGUCUCUAGUCUCUACUGAACUCCCCUACUCUCCUCUUCGCCGCCCCUUUUGCUCUUCUCAAGAAAUAAAGGGGAUGCCUCGAAAACCACGAAGAAGUGGCCAGCUAGUGCCUCGACCUUUCGCAUUUUCUCCAUUUGCUCGUUCAGUGACUAGAGUUGCAACAGCUUGUUCAUCAAAGGACAAAGUUUCUAUUUCAAAAUCUGACAGAACAUCAAAGUUAUUAGCCGAUAAAUCUAGUAGCAAGCACAGUUUGAGGGAGAACGAUUCAGAAUCUGAAACUUCUGAAGAAGAAGCACCUGAAGAAAUAAUCCAAGCAGAUUUUGCCUUUUUUGACCCAAAGCCUGAUGACUUUCACGGAGUGAAGAUGUUGCUACAGAGCUAUCUUGAUGAUAAGCAGUGGGAUGUGAGUGGUUUUGUAGACUUAAUAUUAGCGCAAACGACAGUGGGCUCUGUGGUCAAGAUAGAGGAUGAUGAAGAUGAGGGAUUGUUUGCACUUCUUACAGCUUUGAACUUGGGAAGAUAUAAGGAUAAUAAGUGUAUCAAUGAAGUUAGAGACUACUUGCUCAAAGUAUGCGGGGAAAAGAAUACAGUUGGGGAGCUAAAGAGACUUCUAGAAGACCAAGCUGACCAUGUUGGUCUAUUGGUUUCCCAGCGUGUCAUGAAUCUUCCUCCCCAACUUUUGCCACAUCUUUACAAUUCCCUUUUUGAUGAAAUUUCAUGGGCUACUGAAGAUGAGCCAACGAAAGAUCUCCGUGAGUCAUUUCGCUUCAAACAUUAUCUACUGCUCACCAGAAUAUAUAAGAAGAAAGCACAAAAUAAGAAGGGAUCUACUAGUAGUAGCAAUGACGAGGAUAUAAUAUAUGUAAAGCCAGAAGAUGAACUUUUCUUCGAGCUUUGUUCAUGGUCAUUUACUUUCCCUUUGCACAUUCAGCCUCCAGCAAGUCAAGAGUUAAAAAAUUAUAGACUGAUGGGGCUUGUGAUGGCUGUUGAGGCAGACAAAGCACCAGCAUUCCGGGAAAAAUUGCGAUCUCUAAUUGACGAGCCUUGAUGUCUUGUUUCCCUAUAGGUUAUUUUCUUGAAUAUGUCAGUUAAGCAAUUUUGAUAUUCAGGACCAAAUUUCAACAGAUCCAUAUGGAGAAAAAGAACUUCUUAAUCUUAAUCUUAAUCUUAAUCUUAAUCUUACGAUAGAGCUUGAAUGUAGUGAAAGAGCUUGAAUCCAAAUAUCCAAUGUUGUUUAUUUCGUAAGAAUGAAAUGAUCAAUUUUUCUAUUUGGAAAUGAGAACACAAAAGAGUCAAAAGCUUUGAUAGAUUGUCAA